GGUUGCCAUGGUAAUUGGAGUCAGGCCGCUGUGUGUCCGGCGGCCUUGAGACGGGGUCGGCGAAUCGCUGGAAGGAAUUGGCUGUGAGCUGGAAUUAGGAUGGCCAGUGGUCCUGGAAGUGAUGCUGCUUCUCCCAGUCAGAAACCAAUGCCUUCAGAGAGUGCUCGAACAAAGAAACAUACAUUAACUGAAGAGAAGUUAUUUUAUAUGAAUUGCCGAGCUGCCUACCUAACUGUCUUCAAAAGCAGCUUAGAAAACAUUGUUUCUAAAGAGCAACUAUACUUAGCUCUUCAACAUGCAGGAAGAAAUCCAUCGCAAAAGACCAUUAAUAAAUAUUGGACGCCUCAAACAGCCAAACUGAAUUUUGAUGAUUUUUGUAUAAUUUUAAGGAAGGAAAAACCCACUUCAAAAGCAGAACUGUUAAAAUCAUUUAGGCAAUUAGAUAUAAAUGAUGAUGGCUAUAUUUUACACGAUGACCUUUAUAAAUUUCUAACAAAGAGAGGGGAAAAGAUGACUCGAGAAGAAGUAAAUGCCAUAAUUAAUUUGGCAGAUGUAAAUGCUGAUGGAAAGUUUGACUACGUUAAGUUUUGUAAAUUAUAUAUGACAACCAAUGAGCAAUGUCUCAAGACUACGCUGGAGAAACUGGAGGCUGACAGUAAACUGAGGCCUCAACAGUUUGGCAGCCAUGUUGAAGGAUCUCCUGAAAGGGACGCAUCCCCACUACCAAAGCCUUCGCCUAGAAUCCUAAGAAAAACGGAUCCAGAGUCAUUCUCAAACAAAGGUGACACCAGGAAUCCUUUACUGUCAAGCUCUAGAAAGUUCAAAACGUCUGUUUCUCUCACAGUUACCAUGAGUGCUAAUAGUAACCAAAACCCAAAGUUAACUGAGCCAAGCUUACUAAAGGACUGGCAAUGUGUACAGUCAAAAGGUUGCUUUUUCUUAGAGGAAGAUGGUAAAAUCAUUAGUCAUCAAUACAAGAUGCACCUAGCUGAGAAGUCCAUGAUCGGUCGCUUGGUUAUUGGGCAGAACGGAAUCCUGUCCACCCCUGCAGUGUCCUGCAUCAUCAGGAAAAUUAAAGCCAUUGGUGGAAUCAUUCUGACAGCCAGCCACAACCCUGGAGGGCCCAAUGGAGAUUUUGGAAUCAAAUUUAAUAUUUCUAAUGGAGGUCCUGCUCCAGAAGCAAUCACUGAUAAGAUUUUCCAAAUCAGCAAGACAAUUGAGGAAUAUGCAAUUUGUCCUGACCUGAAAGUAGACCUUGGAGUUCUGGGGAAGCAGCAGUUUGACCUGGAAAACAAAUUCAAGCCUUUCACAGUGGAAAUCGUGGAUUCAGUGGAAGCCUAUGCCACGAUGCUGAGAAACAUCUUUGAUUUCAAUGCACUGAAAGAACUGCUUUCUGGUCCAAACCACCUGAAAAUCCGUAUAGAUGCCAUGCACGGAGUCGUAGGCCCCUAUGUCAAGAAGAUCCUCUGUGAAGAGCUGGGAGCCCCUGCAAACUCGGCAGUUAAUUGUGUUCCUCUGGAGGACUUCGGAGGUCACCACCCUGACCCCAACCUUACCUACGCAGCUGACCUGGUGGAGACUAUGAAAUCUGGGGAACAUGAUUUCGGGGCUGCUUUUGAUGGAGAUGGGGACCGAAACAUGAUUUUGGGCAAACAUGGGUUCUUUGUGAACCCUUCGGACUCUGUGGCUGUCAUUGCUGCCAACAUCUUCAGCAUUCCCUACUUCCAGCAGACUGGGGUCCAUGGCUUUGCACGCAGCAUGCCCACCAGUGGGGCCCUGGACAGGGUGGCUAAUGCUACAAAGAUCGCUUUGUAUGAGACCCCAACUGGUUGGAAGUUUUUUGGGAAUCUGAUGGAUGCAAGCAAACUGUCCCUUUGUGGGGAGGAGAGCUUCGGGACCGGUUCUGACCACAUCCGUGAGAAAGAUGGUCUGUGGGCUGUGCUCGCCUGGCUCUCCAUCCUGGCCACCCGCAAACAGAGUGUGGAGGACAUCCUCAAAGACCACUGGCAGAAGUUCGGCCGCAACUUCUUCACCAGGUAUGAUUAUGAGGAGGUGGAAGCUGAGGGUGCCAACAAAAUGAUGAAGGACCUGGAGGCCCUCAUGUUUGAUCGCUCCUUUGUGGGGAAACAGUUCUCAGCCAACGACAAGGUUUACACUGUGGAGAAAGCCGACAACUUUGAGUACAGUGACCCAGUGGACGGAAGUGUCUCGAAAAAUCAGGGCUUGCGGCUCAUUUUUGCAGAUGGUUCUCGUAUCAUCUUCCGACUGAGUGGCACAGGCAGUGCGGGGGCCACCAUCCGGCUGUACAUUGACAGCUACGAGAAAGACAAUGCCAAGAUCAACCAGGACCCUCAGGUCAUGUUGGCCCCUCUCAUUUCCAUUGCUCUGAAGGUGUCCCAGCUCCAGGAAAGGACAGGACGCACCGCGCCCACCGUUAUCACCUAAGAACACAGACCAGAUGAUGUACGUCCCUCCUGCCCAAGUCAUCUGAUUGAAGAAUGCAGACAGAAACAAAGUGAACACACCCGGACUUUCUUGGAUUUGGUCUUCUCCUAACUGGUUGUUGAUGAACAGUGCAUUUGUGAGGCACUGCCAUUUGAGAUGCCAUUGGGAGCCAUGUGAGAAAGAGGAAAAGAGGGCCCAGAGGUUUAUGUGAAUAUCAGUUCAUUUCCAUGCCCUCCUGUACUGCCUGUGGGUGCGUGUUUGCCUCCAUAGCAUCAGGUGUUGUUUGCAGUGUCCUGGAACGUAGAGGCUGAGCAUCUCUGACAGGCUGCUUUUCAUCCCAGGAUUUACCAGUGAAAUGACAGUGCAGGUUUCUUUCUCUGUGGUGAAUUGUUCUCCCACUGACUACUUACAUGGAACCCAUCAAAAUGCAACCUCUGGUGCCUUUUCUCUCGUCAGCAUCUCCUCCGAGUAGGACGUACGUGUCUAGAGAUUUCUGCUUUGUUUUGCAACAUAGUCCCAGACGCACAGUUAUCUUGGGCUAUUAAAGCAAAAAUAAGCUACU